CACACAAACACACACACACAAUAUAAAGUGAAACUAGAAUAAAAGCAGACUGAGAGGACAGGAGAAAAGACACACAGGACAGUGAUCUGGUAGAUCCAAAUACUUUAAGUCUUCACUUAUCCUCAUCUAACAACAUGGACGUGCCAAACACAAGGAGGAUUGUCCUACUGGGAAAAACUGGAGUUGGAAAGAGCAGCCUGGCUAACACCAUACUGGGAGAGGCUAAAUUCAAAAUAAACAAUUUGAAUGAUUUGGAAACACAAUGUUCUCCUGCCGAGACCAAAACUAUCAAUGGAAGAAGCAUCACUGUGAUCGACACUCCUGGUUUCUUUGACACAGAGAGAUCUGAGAAACGUGAGAUAGUGAGGUGUAUCACAGAGUGCGCUCCUGGGCCUCAUGCUUUUCUCAUUGUGCUUAAAGUGGAGAAAUUCACAGAGCAGGAGAAGGCUGUCAUCACGCAAAUAUGUGAAUAUUUCUCUGAAGAUGCUCUAAACUAUGCUGUAAUUGUCUUCACUCAUGGUGACCAGCUCCCUGAAGGAAUGAAAAUGGAUGAGUAUGUCAAGCAAAGUGAGGGUUUGAGUGGUCUGGUGAAGAAGUGUGGAGGCCGAUGCCACGUCGUCGAUAAUAAAUACUGGAAGACCAACAAAGAGGACGAGUACAGAAGCAACCAGUUUCAGGUGGAAGAGCUGCUCAAGACCAUAGACAAGAUGGUGAUGGAAAACAACGGAAGAUACUACACGGAUGAAAAGCUACAAGAAGUGGAAAGGAAAAUACAGAAAGAGGAGGAGCGCAUUAGAAAGUCAUCAGAAAACUUGUCAGCGGAAGAGAUCAGGAAGCAGGCCAGAAGCAACGUCUUUAAGAAGCAGGUGAACAAUGGAGUCUGGGCAUGGAUUAGAAGUUUAGUGGGUUUUGCAGUUGUAGCUGGAUUACUUGCAACUGCCUCAGCUAUGUUGAUCAAUUCAAAACAUUUUAGGGUAUUAAGGGAAGCACCACUAUUAAAUGAAGAAUUAACAGCACCAGCAUUGGCAGAAGUGGUGAAAGAACAAGCUGAGGCAGCUUUAGGCAUGUCUCCGCCAGCCAGUACAGUAGGACACUUAUUUGAGUUUUUGGACAAACUUUUCAAAUUGUUUGAAAGAACAUACAAUCCUACAAAUCCAUUUGAAUGAAUAAAAUAAAACAGCAGGUGUCUUCAAAGAGGUUCAAAAUGACAUAUGACAUGACAUGUUGCAAUCCUAAACAGCUCAUUUAAAGUACUAUCAUUUUUGCUGAACGUGUAAACCAAUGGUUCUCAACCAGCGGUCUGGGGACGCCCACUGGUCCUUGAAGGAGUCCCAUGGGUCCCCAGAAAAAUGGUAAAUAGAUUAUUUCAGCCGGUUCCCAUUCUGAAGUCAUCACAUACUGCUGCUUUGUCAGUGAUUUUGGCAUAUGACCACCUUUUGUAUAAUGCACCACCAGGCAACAUCAGUUUCACAUGUGGCCAGAUGGCACCUUUCCCAGUGUUAUGAUACGCAACUGGUCAGCUGGACAGCAUCUUUUGCGGCAGCAUGAUACGCUGACAUGUGGCGUCAGUUCAUAAUGCAGCUGGAUGCAACUGGAGUGGUGGUUUGAUACCCUGCUGUAUGGCGACGGGUUGAAACGCUGCCAGUAACAAUGUAAUAUAAGGAGCUGGAACAUCCCUGUAGGGUGGGUGGGAGUGGUGGUGGAUGGGUCCAACAAACCCCGGACUUUCACCCUGGAGCCCGGUGUACACUUCCUGAAUGGAUAUAGAGCAUGACAGUUUUUUUUUCUAAACCUAACCACAUGCUUUUGUUGCCUAAACCUAACUCUGUACUCUUGAUAUCCCACGUUGGUUGUGGCGUCCCGGAAAGUCAACAGCAGACAAAGGAGGAUACCUAGCUCGUAAUAUGUAGACGUGAAAGGCCACUGACAGAGCUACGAUAUGUGAUGACUUGAGAUGAGAACAUGUUGAUUAUUUUCAUUGUUUAAUUCACUCUAAAAGUGAGCUCAAUGUGAGAAAGAGUCAUAAGAGUAACUGUUGUGAUCAUAGGUUUCACUUCCUCCAUGGUUAUCUCCUCAAUUACAGAAUUCUCGUCCUAAUCAUAUUUGACAACCAAAACCUUUUCAGAAGCCAAAUCUUAUCAAAUUUGAUUCCAAGACCUAAUGUGUAUCAAUUCAGGGGCCCUUGACAUGAAAAAGGUUGAGAAACACUGGUGUAAGCUACAAAAUGAAUGAAAAAAUCAAAUAAGUCAUUGCAUCUGUGCUUUAAACUUUGUACUAGUUCCUGUCAACUGAAAAGAGAGCCACUUUGAAGCACUGAGUGAAUAAGCAGGGGUAGCAAACAAUAUUCAGACAAUGUAUUAGAAAUGUAAAUAUAUAUGUUUCUGGCACAUUCAGUUUGAUCACGACUCUAAAAUAAUUGUUGGGUCAUGGUGUUUUAAAGGGGCAUGUCAAUAACUGUACAUGUGUAAUUCAGUUUACUCGUCUUAUGGAGCACUACUCAGACUGUAAAAAUUGUUGUACGAUGUCUUCCGUGUAUAGAAGAGUUUUCAAAGUGUGAAAAAUAAUUGUUUUUGCUUGAUACUUAAAAUGCUCGCAUUACAAACUGGAGGUGUGGGGUUUAAAGAUGUGGACAUUUAGAGGGCAAGGAGUGCCUUUAUUGAAAGACUCAUGACUCAUACUGCAGACAAGAAGUCUGACGAUCUCUGUCUCUGCUUUGAUUUUUUUUUAAAUCGGUCUCUUGUAAGUCCUCAAAACUUUAUAGAAGUGCAAUACUAAAUCAUGGGUGUACCCUUUAAUGGUGAUGAUUUUCUGUUUUCUCAGUAUAUUUUGUGUUAAUAUGUGUCAUUUUGUCAUAAAUGAUUUAUGUAACAAUAAAACCUCUGACUGGU